CUUUUGAUUAUUUCUCAUUCCUCACUUUGGUCAAAAAGCAUAUCAUAAAUGGAUAAAUAUUCAACUACUUCUUCUUCAUCAUCAUCUCCUCCGAUGUACUUAUCAAAAUACCCGCAACAAACCAACACUGUUAAAGCCUCGUCACACUCAUUUUACUCGUCGCUUCAUUCGGUUCGUAAGCCUCAUCAGAUGAAGCCAUGGAAGAAACCAAUUGCACCAUUGCCACCAACUCCGCCGAGAGUGUAUAACGUGGAUCCUAUAAACUUCAGGGACCUUGUUCAGAAGCUGACCGGUGCAGCUGAACCGUUCGAUCAGUCACUGGAGCAGCCGCAGCAGAGGCUACAACGUGUUGCUCCGCCUCCGCUCGAUCUUGAAAGGGAACCUGCAUUUUUUAGCAGAGAAUUUGCAGCAGCAACAGGAUCGGUGCAACAGUUUUAUCCUUCUCCCGUGAAGACUCCGUUUUCGGCGUUGUAUCACGAGCUGAUGACCGAUACAUUACCGGAUUCGAAACCGAGGAAGGUCUCGGAGAGUGUUUCUCUCGAGUUUAAUAUUUUCUCACCGUCUACUCAUGGUUGGUGUCAUUUUCCGAUUCUGAGUCCUGGGACACUUUCUAGUUUGGAGCUAAGCACAGUUCUCUAGUUCUUCAUAUGAAUCAUAUUCAUAUUGCACUCGCAAUAUCCAAACUAUCGCUUUGUUACAUUUUAAUGAUCGAAUUUUGAUUUGUUUGAUUUUGAGUUCUAAACUUUAAUUUUAUUUUAGUGAAGUUUUUUCGGCCAAAACGCUGACGCGACAGCCGGACUUUACCAUGUGGCAAUAAUUUUUUGUUUCUAUUUUUUCUAAAAACUUAUACUUAUGUAUUAUUUCAAUUCAGUGUAAAAAUUUCGGGCCAAAUAUGUAUAAUGUCAACUUUAUAGGUACAAAGUAAAAGUAAAAUCUAGUUGUGUUUUUUUA